AUGGACUUGGAGGACUUCCCUCCCCCUCCCCCCGAAAUGUUGACAGAUGGGGCCUCAUACGAAGAUGAGGAUGAUGAAGGUGAGCGGUUUGACUUUGAUGACAGUGGAGACGACGCUCCGGAGGCCGACCGCCCGCCCCCUGCGCCUCCUGCACAGGACUAUGGAGCUGAGGGUGCUGAACUAACAGUCCCAGUCAUACCAGCUCAUUCCAGUACCCCGCAAAGCUCCCAGUCAAACACAGAGCCCCCAGUCUCAGAGACAAACUUUCCCCCACCUCCAGAGGACCUCUCCAACUCAAGCAGUACGACUGCCACCACCCCUGCUGCUACUGCUGCUGCGGAAGAGAGCGAUUUAGCUCCACUUCCAAAGGAGCAAUGCCCAAAUGUCACAGGAGGAAGCAUGGAAAAUGACUUACCUCCUCCACCAGAGGGCGCAAGAGACCCGUCUUCAGAGUUAGUAGCCAAGGAGAGCAAUACUAAUGAGGAUCCUUCCUCAAGCACACCAGUCUCCAGGGUGACCACUCAGCCCAAAGUCAGCCCCUACUCAGUGAUUGACAUCACUCCCCUCCAACAGCAGCUGCAGCCCCAGCAGAGCCCACCUCCCUCUGCCAUCCCACCAGCCAGUGAGAAGGAGGUUGGUGCCCAUGAUGUGAACAGCAGUGCCGGGGUGCCCUCCGGCUACUCUGUGCCUGUGCCUUGUGGCUACACCGUCCCGUCGAAUGUGCCAGUCAUCACGCCAGCCUACACCACUCCGGUCAUCAUCAGACACCUCUCUGUGGACGAAGACGUCACUGUAGUGGGGACAGGGACAACAUCAGCAGACAGUGUCUUCAAUGAAAAGUGCCCCGUUGUUAGAGAGGAGGAUGCUUUGACUAAGUGGGUCUCUGAUCCUGCAAACACUGCUUGGAUGGAAAAUCCCGACGAGGUUAUUUAUGAUGAUGUGCCGAGAGAGAACUCUGAUUCGACCACAGAGCCAGAUGAGAUGAUCUAUGAUGACGUGGAGCUGGGAGAGGAGGGCGGCAGCUCCUCACUAGACAACGGCUGGAGCUCCAGCGAGUUCGAGAGUUACGAUGAGCAGAGCGAUGGAGAAGGCCACGGAGAAAACGGCCUCCCUGACGCCUUCGUCAGAGGAAGAGUCCCCAGCAAGAAAACCCAUCUCUCUCAAGAUCUGACGCGCUUGAAAGAGCACUAUGAACGAAAGAUGAAAGAGCUAAUGGCAAACACAGUGGGGACGGUAGAGCUGCAGCAGCUUAAACAGAAACACGAGCAGAAGAUGCAGAAGCUGGUGAAGGCAGCUAAAGAAGGAACCAAAGAUGGUCUAGAGAAAACCAAAGCUGCUGUGAAAAAAGGCAGAUCCUUUAUCAGAACGAAAUCAUUCUUGAAGAUGUCCCACUGCCAUGCUUUAGAGAGGAAGACUGCCGGCUUUGAGGAAGAGGAGUCAGACCUUUUCAUUGAGGUGGAGUGUUUUAACGUCGAGCCAGUGCUGGGUCCUGCUCCUGAGGGCCUUUCUCAACAGCAGGUGGUGAGGAGAUGCAUUCUUGGAUCCAUAUUGGACAGUGAGAAGAACUAUCUGGAAUCUCUGAAGCGCAUAUUAGAGCAAUAUGAGAAACCGCUGUCACAGAUUGAGCCACGGUUGCUUAGCGAUCGGAAGCUUAAGGUGACCUUCUACCGUGUACGGGAAAUCCUACAGUGCCACGCCCUAUUUCAGAUUGCUCUGGCCAGCAGAGUAGCUGAGUGGGACAAGCUUGAGAUGAUCGGGGACGUCUUUGUAGCAUCAUUCUCCAAAUCCAUGGUGUUGGAUGCAUAUUGUGAGUAUGUGAAUAACUUCAGUACAGCGAUGGGGAUAGUGAGGAAGACCUGUGUGUCCAAACCCAGCUUCCUAGAGUUCCUCAAGCACCGGCAGGAAACCAGCAGUGACCGUGUCACCCUCUAUGGCCUUAUGAUGAAACCCAUUCAGAGGUUCCCACAAUUCAUUCUGCUCCUGCAGGACAUGUUGAAGAAUACUCCCGUGGGCCACCCUGACAGGCUGCCCCUGCAGAUGGCCCUGACCGAGCUGGAGACGCUGGCCGAGAAACUCAACGAAAAAAAGAGGGAGGCGGACCAGCGCUGCGAGAUCAGACAUAUCGCUAAGGCCAUGAACGAGCGCUACCUCAACAAGCUCUUGAGCAGUGGCAGUAGGUAUCUGAUCCGCUCUGAUGAGAUGGUGGAGACUGUGUAUAAUGACCGGGGUGAGAUUAUCAAGACCAAGGAGCGCUGCCUCUUCCUACUUAAUGAUGUGCUCAUGUGUGCCACGCCCAACAUCAGGUGGGACUACUCCCAUCCCACUGGGACUGGAAGUGUACCCUCGGGGCAGAAGUUCCUGCUGAAGUGGAGCGUGCCGCUGAGUUUGGUGGAGGUGGUAGAAUUUGGCUCUAGUGAGGAGAUGGGUGACAGUGGACGCUUCCCCGCUCCCCACUCAGGAGAGAAGGUGGUCAUCAAUGCCAAGCCAAAUAAACUGUACAUGGGUCCAGGGCAGCUGUACCAGGACCUGCAGAAUCUCAUUCAUGAUCUCAGCCUGGUCAAUCAGAUCUCCAGUAUGAUUGGCAGUCUGAAAGGCAACUAUCAGAAUGUGAACCCCACUGUUGCUCAGGAUUGGGUGUCUGGCCUCCAGCGCCUCAUUCUAAAGAAGGAAGAGGAGAUUCGGGCAGCCGAUCGUUGCCGUAUUCAACUGCAGUUACCUGGGAAACAGGACAAAUCAGGCAGACCCACGUAUUUCACCGCUGUCUUCAACACAUUCAGCCCGGCUGUCAAACAGUCCUGGAUCAGCAACCUCCAGAUGGCUAAGCUGGCUUUGGAAGAGGAUAACGUGCAAGGCUGGUUCUUUGCAGAGGAUGAUGGGAAUCAGAUAAAGAAACAGAAACAUCCUCUGCUACUUAAACAGAUGCCUGUGGUUAUGUCCAAACUGCAGGAGUUCAAGGUGGAGUGUGCGGUUCAUAAUCCUGAGCCUCAUGUGAACAGUAAAAGCACGGCAGACAUGCCUGCUUUAGGCCAUGGUUGUGUUUGGGUGGCCAGCUGUACCAAUCAAAUGGGGCAGAUAUCCAUCGUUGCCAUGCAAAACUCUAGCCCUAAAGUGACGGAGUGCUUCAACGUGGAAUCACGGAUCCUCUGUAUGGCCUACGUGCCUCAAGAGGAGCCCCUAGAAGAUGGAGGAGGAAACCCUGAAAAUGGCACUCAUGAAGGAAAGAGCAACAACAUUCCUACCGUCUGUCUGGGUAUGGAGGAGGGGAGCAUAUCAGUGUAUAAGAGCAGUCAGCGCUCUAAGAAGGUCCGUCUGCAGCAUUUCUUCACUCCAGAUAAAUCUACAGUGACAUGUCUGGUGUAUAAGAGCCAGUGUCUGUAUGCUGGCCUGGUCACUGGCUCCGUAGCUAUCUACUCCAAAUCAGCAGAUGGGUCUUGGAAUGCAGCCAGUCCUCGGAUGCUGAAGCUGGGUGUGUUGCCUGUCAAAGCACUAGUCACUCUGGAGGAGCAUGUGUGGGCGUCAUCAGGGGGACAGGUCUUCAUCAUCAGCACUCAGUCCCUCACUGUAGAGCGUCAGUUGGAGGCUCAUCAAGAAGAGGGUAUGGUGGUCUCUCACAUGGUGGUAGCUGGAGUUGGAAUCUGGAUAGCAUUCAGCUCUGGUUCUAUGCUGCGCCUUUUCCACACCGAAACUCUUGAGCACCUACAGGACAUUAACAUUGCCACACCCGUCAACAGUAUUCUCUCAGGCAACCAGAGGGUCUCUGUAAGCAGUCUUCUUGUGUGUCAUGGCCUAUUGCUGGUGGGGACCAAUCUGGGUGUAAUAGUGGCUCUGUCUGUCCCAAGGCUGCAAGGAAUCCCCAAAGUCACAGGACGAGGCAUGGUGUCCUUCCACGCUCACAACGGCCCUGUUAAGUUCCUCACCAUGGCAGCCGCAGUGAGUAAUCUCCAACAGCCCAAUGCCUCUGCCAGCCCACCCAAUGUGCCUGGGGCCCAGGAGGAAGAGGAGGGCCCCCACUCCCCUGGCUCUGCUCCAAACCAUACCCAGGAUCGCAGUGUGUGGUUGGGGGACAGAAGCAGCAGCGGCAGCCCUGGGCCUGUCCCCCAGCAUGAUUCCUUGUCCUCCUCCUGUGGCUCCUUGGCUCUCUCCCAGGGCUCUUUGGAGCAUGGACCAGAGGAUGGGGCUAUCUACGACCUGCUGAAUGACCCGGCACGUUCGCAGAAAGCCAAGCGGUCCCAAAAAGUGGACGUGAGUUCCCUAUUGGUGGUCUCAGGAGGGCUUGGUCAUCGGCGGGUCAAUAGGAAGGUCAAGCAGUCUCGCCAUGAGGAGAUGGUAUCAACCAUCAUGGUGUGGCAAAUUCCACUGCUCAGUGUGUGAGAGAGGAACACAAACAUAUAGACUGCCUCUGUGCUGUGAGGGUGGAGGCAGCACAUGGCGCUGGGGUAUUCCAAGACCUACUUGAAGUCAAUGAUGCUCGCUUGGAUGAUGAUACAUAGAAUU